AUGUCUGACCUUGACGCUGACCUCUACGCAGAUUUGUAUGGCACCGACGAUGCUGACUUCGUGGCUGACCCUACUGUCAAGGUGCCGCCCGCGCAUGAAGAAGCCCAGGAACCAACAUCACAAGCUAUCGACAAAACCUCAGACUCGGCAAUUCCAUUGCACUCACGGCCUGUAAAGGCGGAUCCCCCAGAAGAGCCCUCAUCCGCGCCGACGACACCCACCACGGCUCCUGUUUCCUCGGCGCCUGUUGCAUCCUCCAGCACUACCCUAGUUCCGAAACCGGAGUCGGCUGACUCGACCGGUGGACAGCCGCAAUCGACCGCUGCCACGCCCGUGCCUGCCCUCGUGACGCAACAGAUACCGACCUACCAGGAGCCCUUAGAGGACGACUACCAUGCCUCCUAUGGAGGCGCCGCGAACGGUGGUUACCAACAAAUAUCGGUCCAAGAGCGGUCAAUUAGACCCUCCGAGAUGAAAGACGAAGGGAAGUAUAGUUGGAAGGGGUCGCUAGCAGUCACCAUUAUGUUUUACCGUCGUACCGCGUAG